CGGAAGUAAACAUCACGGACGAAGGAGGAGCGCGUGAACAGCAAGGGCUAACCUGAGAUCAUUCACCAUGGCCAAUCUGGAGCAGUGGGUCAGCGACAGGCUCCAUGAGAUCCUGGGCCUAAGUGACAGAUACGUGGCCCAGUUUAUGAUCGGCCUGGCACAGAAAUCCUCCGCCCCACAGGACUUCGUGGCUCGUCUGCAACAGACCGGCACCAUCGACAUUGACCAGAGAGUAACUGCAUUUGCUAAUGAGUUAUACAACAAGGUUCCAAAGAAACAGGUGGUAGAAAAACCAUCAAGAGCCAUCGAGCGACAGGUGAUUGAGAUGGAAAGAAAGAACAAGACCUACACUCUGUUAGAGGACAGUGACAGUGAUGGAGAGGCAUCCAAAGAAGCAGGGAAGGAGAAGAAGAGUAGAGACAAGGACAGAGGAAAAAAGAGGAAGCACCUUAGGCAAAAAAGAAAAGAAAGUCCCUUGUCGAGUGAGGAAGAUCAAAAGAAGAGCAAAUCAUCUUUACACAAGGAGAAGAAAAGCCAGAAGGAAGAUGACGAGGAAGAGGAGUGGGAGAAGGAAGAGAGAGAAAGACUGCAGGAUUUGGAGGAGAGGGAUGCCUUUGCAGAACGAGUGAAGCAAAGGGACAAAGAGAAGACGAGGCACAUACUUGAGAGAAAUGACAAAAAGGCGUAUGAGGAGGCGCAGAAGAGACUAAAGAUGGCUGAAGAAGAUAAGAGGAGAAUGCUGCCAGAGCUGCGUAAACAGUCGCGGCGUGAAUACCUUACCAAACGUGAGCAGGAAAAGCUGGAGGACCUGGAGGCUGAGAUUAAUGAUGAGGAGUACCUUUUUGCUGGUGAUGCUCUCACAGAACGUGAAAAGCGAGAACUGGACUACAAGAAGAAGGUCAGAGACCUGGCUCGAGACUAUAAGAAAGCUGGCGCAAAGGAGAAGGAAGAGAGGAAAAACCGCUACUACAUGCCCGAGGAGAUACGCAAUAAAAACAUCCCUCAGAGGGACAUGGAGUUGGAGUUUGAUGAGGAACCCAGAGAGGGUGGGGGUGAGCAGGGGCGGUGGGAGGAGGCACGGGUCGCCACAGCCACACUAAAGUUCGGGGCCAGAGAGGAACGAGAGCGGCGUAUGAAGGAGGAAAAAGAUAAAUACCAGUUAGUGCUAGAAGAUGAUGAGAUGAUUGACUUUGUGAGCACUGCUAUCACUAUGAAAGGAACGCUCGCUGACAAGGAUUCUGAACCUGAGCUUUCUCAGGCUGAAAAACAAAAGCAGUCGAUCCAGGAAGUGAGACGCAGCCUGCCCAUAUUCCCCUACAGAGAGGACCUCCUCGCGGCCAUCAGAGACCACCAGAUCCUGGUUAUCGAGGGUGAGACUGGCUCGGGCAAGACAACACAGAUUCCUCAGUACCUCAUGGAGGACGGUUACACCAGAGGAGGUUUGAAGGUGGGGUGUACCCAGCCUCGCAGAGUAGCAGCUAUGUCUGUAGCAGCUAGAGUGGCUCAGGAAGUGGCGGUGAAGCUAGGGAAUGAGGUGGGAUACAGUAUCCGGUUUGAGGACUGCACUUCAGAACGCACAGUGCUCAAGUACAUGACUGAUGGAAUGUUAUUGCGAGAGUUCCUAACAGAGCCCGACUUGGCUAGUUACAGCGUGAUCAUCAUUGACGAGGCUCAUGAGAGGACAUUACAUACAGACAUACUGUUUGGGCUGAUCAAAGACAUUGCACGCUUCAGGCCGGACCUGAAGGUGCUGGUUGCUAGUGCUACCCUGGACACAGAGCGUUUCUCCAGUUUCUUUGAUGAUGCUCCUGUGUUCAGGAUCCCGGGCCGCAGGUUUCCUGUCGACAUCUACUACACCAAGGCUCCUGAGGCUGAUUAUCUGGAGGCGUGUGUGGUAUCGGUGCUACAGAUACAUGUGACGCAGCCUCCUGGAGACGUCCUUGUGUUCCUCACUGGACAGGAAGAGAUUGAGGCGUGCUGUGAGCUUCUGCAGGAGAGGUGUAGGAGGCUUGGCUCAAAGAUCUCUGAGCUUAUUGUCCUUCCUAUCUAUGCCAACCUGCCCUCAGACAUGCAAGCUAAGAUUUUUAACCCCACGCCCCCUGGAGCUCGUAAGGUUGUGGUAGCCACAAACAUUGCAGAAACCUCUCUUACUAUCGACGGCAUCAUCUAUGUGAUCGACCCAGGCUUCUGCAAACAGAAGAGCUACAAUGCUCGAACAGGGAUGGAGUCGCUGAUUGUUACGCCAUGCUCACGGGCCUCAGCCAAUCAGCGGGCAGGCCGUGCAGGUCGAGUGGCUGCGGGCAAAUGUUUCAGACUCUACACAGCCUGGGCCUUUAAACACGAGAUGGAGGAAUCCACAGUUCCUGAAAUUCAGAGAACCAACCUGGGCAACGUUGUCCUGCUCCUAAAGAGUCUGGGCAUAAACGACCUGGUCCAUUUUGACUUCAUGGACCCUCCUCCACACGAAACCCUGGUGUUGGCUCUUGAGCAGCUCUACGCCUUGGGUGCCCUUAACCACCUUGGAGAACUCACUAAGUUGGGAAGGAAGAUGGCUGAGCUUCCUGUUGACCCCAUGCUGAGUAAGAUGAUCUUGGCCUCUGAACAGUAUAAAUGCACAGAGGAGGUGCUGACUAUCGGCGCCAUGCUGUCCGUCAACAACUCCAUCUUUUACAGACCAAAAGAUAAAGUGGUGCAUGCGGACAAUGCCCGGAUGAACUUCGUGGUGCCAGGAGGAGACCAUCUGAUGCUCCUCAAUGUUUACACUCAGUGGGUAGAAAGCGGUUAUUCCACCCAGUGGUGUUUUGAAAACUUCAUCCAGUUCCGCUCGAUGAGGCGGGCACGUGAUGUGAGGGAGCAGCUGGAGGGGUUGAUGGACAGAAUUGAGGUGGAAUUGUGCAGCGCCAACGGUGACAACACUGGCAUUCGUAAGGCAAUCACUGCUGGGUAUUUCUAUCACACGUCCCGUCUCAGCAAGGGAGGCUAUAAGACCGUGAAACAUCAACAAACUGUGUUUGUGCACCCCAACAGCUCGUUAUUUGAGGAACAGCCACGCUGGCUCAUCUAUCAUGAGCUGGUGUUUACCACAAAGGAGUUUAUGAGACAGGUGAUUGAAAUAGACAGUAGCUGGCUCUUAGAGGUGGCUCCUCACUACUACAAAAGCAAAGAGCUAGAAGACAGCAGCACCAAGAAGAUGCCUCGCAAACAGGGCAAAGCUCGGGAGGAGCUCGGCUGAUUUUGGGGAACAGUCUGCCGUGGGUCAUUUCUCACCCAACAGAGACUGAAGGAAGGAGAGAUGCCGUUCAGGACCUGAGCUCUGUGGUCAAAAUUCCUGUUGAAGUUAUCGGCAGUGGCUCGUGGUGUGGUUUUAGAGUGGAGAUAAUUAAAAUAUCGCAUUUUGAACUGCAGUAUUUCAGUUGGGGUUAAAACUAGUUUAAUGUCCAGUAAAAAUAACACACCCCGUAGUGACGACAGUAAGGACAGGUUUUUUUGUUUGUUUUGUUUGUUUUUUUACAUUGUUGUUGUUAGGGGAAAACCCCACCUUUUUCUUAUUUUUUUUGUUUAAUCGUAUUGUUUUCUUAUUGUGACUGAAAUCAUGGUCACGAUUGUAGACUGACAAGCAACGUCGCCAGCCCGUCAAAGGAACGAGUGGCAUGUUAUCUUCAGGCAGUCACUCUGAGCUAGAUUUUUCCACGUUUAUAAACACAUGCAGAGGGUGUGUACCAAGUUAGGUGUUACUUAACAAUCCAGCUGUAUUCUCACGUGUGGGACAAAUGUAUGUUAACUUAUUUGUUGCUUCUGUUCUCUGUUUGAUGAUAAAAUAUAUAUUUCUAAAUACAA